AUGCCUGACCUCAUCUGGAUUUCUCUGUCUUACAGUGAACCUUGGGGACGCACCCAGAGACCCUGCAGCUUGACUCAGGCCAGCACACUCCCGAGCCACAGCAUGGAUGGGAGGAAAGUGACCAACUCCGCCAGGGCCUUACAACUGCCGGAUGGGAUGAGUGCUGCCCGGGACAUCCUCACCAUCAUCGGCAUAGGCAUGGUCUUCCUCUUCUGUUUAGCUAGAAACACCCUUGGGAAGAAUGACAAGUGUCUAGAGGAUACAUAUUAUGCAAACUUGACCUCUGAACUACAAAAUAGAGGGCUUCAGAGUAAGGUGAAUAAAUGCUCCCCACUGACCAUUAGCAACAGAACUGAAUGCAGCCAGGGCUCGCUGCCCCUGGAGAAGCUCUUGGCUGCCUCCUUCUCUGUGCACGCAAAGAACCCAGACAAGCAGGGCUGA